AUGACAUUUGUUAUACUGGCAUGUGCACUGCCUCAGUUUAAAUUAUGGUGGCCAUUUUUUGUAGUACUUUUCUAUAUUUUAUCUCCCAUUCCAACAAUGAUAGCACGACGUCACACAGAUGGCACAGGAGGCACCAACUCUACUUGUAUGGAGACUGCAAUCUUUAUAACUAUGGGCAUUCUUGUUAGUUCAUUUGCACUACCUAUAGUGCUAGCUCGAGCUGCAGUGAUAAUGUGGGGUGCAUGCUAUUUGACUCUAGCAGGCAAUGUCAUAGUUUAUUUGACCAUAUUAGGUUUCUUCACCAUUUUUGACAUGGAUGAAUCUGAUUAUGCUAUGUGGUGA